AUUAGGGAUGUGCCAGAUAUUUGCUAGCUAAACAUUAACCUGGACCCUCUUUACUUUUCAUACUCUUCAAAUCUCUGACAAGAGCAGUUUCACACUGUUUCAGGGCAAGAUGGCGGCAACAAGUUUAGUGUUACCAAAGGUCCAGCUAACGAAACUGUACAGAAAUGCUGUCACGUUGCGGGUGUGCAGGUUUUCCGACGGCGGUGACAAGGGCUGGUUCCGUUCUCUGUUUGUGCACAAAGUAGACGUGAGGAAGGACACCCAUUCCAACCUGCUGUCCAAGAAGGAGACCAGUAACCUGUACAAAAUGCAGUUUCACAACGUGAAGCCAGAGUGUCUGGAGGCGUACAACAACCUGGAGGCUGAGGUACAGAGUAAACUCCAUGUUGACCAGGACUUCCCCUGUGAGGUGGUGGGCAGCUGGAACACCUGGUAUGGAGACCAGGACCAGACAGUGCAUCUGUGGAGGUAUAGGGGAGGAUAUCCCGCCCUGACUGAAUGCUUGAACAAACUAAACAACAACAAGGUGUACCAGGAGUUCCGCAGGGAGAGGAGUAAGAUGUUGCUCUCCAGAGGCAACCAGCUGCUCCUGGAGUUCAGUUUCUGGAACGAGCCCACGCCCAGAGCUGGACCCAACAUCUACGAGAUGCGAACCUACAAACUCAAGCCUGGGACGAUGAUAGAAUGGGGAAACCACUGGGCGCGAGCCAUCAGGCACCGUCAGGAGAAUGAUGAGGCGGUGGGAGGGUUCUUCUCCCAGAUAGGAGACCUGUACGUGGUCCAUCACCUGUGGGCUUAUAAAGACCUCCAGUCCAGAGAGGAGACCAGGAACGCAGCCUGGCAAAAGGACGGUUGGGACUCCAGUGUGUAUUACACAGUACCCCUGAUCCAAAGCAUGCAGUCCAGGAUCAUGAUCCCCACCCAGAGCUCUCCGCUGCAGUGAGCAGACAGCAGCCCACCACAGCAGGGCUGGAGACUCCCCGUAGAGGACCACAGAAGAAGAAGAGUUACUGCAAAGCGGUCGGAUCAAUUCCAUGAAGAAGAAUACUUUUUUCUAGGAGCCAGUGAAGUAUUGUGAUGGGCCUGUGUUUAGGGUUGAGUUUGGAUGAACCUUAAUGAUCAUAUUAAUAUGGUUGAUGUUUCGUGGAAAACAUUGCCCCAGAUUUUCAAAUGGAGACGUGAAAUGGAACAGUUCAGGGAAAAGUCCACUUUUAUAACUUGAUAAGUAAAAACAUGAUUGGCCUUGAUUGUAAUUUUCAUGUAUCCUACAGGUCAAAAAUGCCCAUAGCUCUGUCUACCUCUGACAAAACACCAGAUCAGAGGAUGUGUCUACAGCAUGUCAUUCACGAGCUUUCUUUUGAUUAUGACCAUGCUUUUGUAUCUACAAAUUAGAGCACAAUUAUAAAUAAGAUCAUGUUGAUGUAAUAAUGUGACGUGCAAUUCAGUUGUAUGACUUAAUAAACUUGUUUUGAAGGAU